AGACUUCUAUAAAGCAUUGUAUUCACAUAGUUUCUCCUAUCAUCACUAUAUUCCAUGUAUGUUCAACAUGUUGAACAAAUUUCCCCUGCGCUUCCUCUUUUUCUUUAUUGUUUUCUCAUGUUUUCUUCUUGCAUCUUCUUCUCUCCAAACAACAAGAAAUUUUUUCUCAAAGGAUGAAAAAUCAUCAAUUCAAACUACACUAGAUAAGGAAAGUGUUAUUGGAUUUAGUAAUGGAGAAGAUUUGUUGGAUAAAAGAGAAGAGUUCUUGGUAAAGAAAAGGAUGAAUUUGGAAAUAGAAGACUAUCCAGGGACAGGAGCAAACAACCACCAUGAUCCUAAGGUACCAGGAAGAGUUUGAGUGAUGCAUAAUUUCUUUAUGAUUUAUUAGAAAAUUAUUUUAUACAUGUGUCAUGUGGGAUAUACUUGUACAUUAUUGGUGUUAUAGUAUGUUUUCAUCAACAUAUUUUAAUGGGUGAUAUUAGUUUGUAUGUAGAUUGUAAAAAAAUAUUGUAAUUGAAGAUAAAGGGUUGUCUAUUUCUUAUUUUUUA